AUGGUUUCAACUGUAAUUCGUUGUUUCGUAUUCGUUCUAUUCAGUAUGUCGCAAGUUCGAGUGAAAUCUCAAUUCUGCCAUCGAAUAUCUCAAUAUGAUCGAUGUUCGCCAAAUAGUGCAUGCGCCUGUUUCUAUAUAGCAGGUGCUAUUGACAUUGGUAUUUGUGCCGAUGAAUUCGUAGAUUGUUCUGAGUUAGUUCCAUGUGAACAGCCAAACAAUCUUUGCCAUGAACUUAACCAUAGAUGUAUUCAUCAUCCUCGAUGUCGCAAUCUUCCUGUUUGUUAUUCAGUUCCAAGUUUCAAUCGACAACUCUGUCCACCGAUAGCAACGAUGAAUAGUACAACUACAAGUACGAUUCCAAUUACAACUACAACUGCUACUCAACAAAUAGUUCCACUACGAGCACCUGCUAUUGACAUUCAACCGAAUGCAAAAUGGGCUCAGAAUGGUCUCACUGUGGCUGGAGGAAAUGGAGAUGGUAAUGGAAAAAAUCAAGUCUCUAGACCACGGGGUGUGUAUGUCGAUGAUGAUCAAACUAUUUAUGUCGCUGAGUACUCUAAUCACCGUAUUGUGGAAUGGAAAUAUGGUGCAACGAGUGGCCAAGUAGUUGCCGGUGGAAAUGGACCGGGGAAAAGUGCUAAUCGGUUAUACAAUCCAGAAGAUGUGAUUGUCGACAAAGAGAGAGAUAGUCUUAUCAUCUGCGAUACCGGGAAUCAAAGAGUUGUUCGAUGGCCUCGUCGAAAUGGUACUAGUGGAGAAACAAUCAUCUCGAAUAUUGUUUGCACCGGUCUGACAAUGGACGAGAAUGGGUCUCUUUAUGUCGCUGGCGAUAGCGUAAGACGAUACCGAAUUGGUGAUACUAAAGGAACAGUAGUUGCAGGUAUUAAUGGAUAUGGACAUGAUCUCGAUCAACUCGCUGGCCCCAGCUAUGUAUUUGUCGAUCGAGAUCAUUCAGUGUACGUGUCUGAUUGGGUAACUAGUCGUGUGAUGAAAUGGGAAGAGAAUGCAAAAGUAGGUAUUGUUGUAGCCGGUGGUCAAGGGAAAGGAAAUAGUCUUACACAAUUGGAUCGUCCUCGAGGAGUGGUUGUCGACCAAUUGGGCACUGUCUACGUGGUUGAUCAAAACAAUAAUCGAAUAAUGCGUUGGCCAAAAGGAGCCACACAGGGAAGUAUCAUUAUUGGUAAAAAUGGUCAAGGAAGACAGUCGAAUCAAUUGUUUUUACCCUAUGCUUUAUCAUUCGAUCGACACGGCAAUCUCUAUGUCGCUGAUGAGUACAAUCAUCGAAUACAAAAAUUUAAUAUCGAACAGACAACAAAUUAA